AUGUCCGCAUCUGGCAAGAUCAGGCACAUUAUCAAAGGCAUCGACGACGAUGCCUUAACCAUGCUGCUCGCCGAAAACCCCAGCACAGUGGCAGAGAAGGCGGCACCUCGGCAGCUGCCACACAGGCAGCCGGUCAAGCGUCGUCGGGAGUCUUCGGAGGAUUCCAGUGGGGAACAUGCUGCGCAGAGGAUCCGCGUGGACGUCUCCGACGAACUGGAUGCAGUAAAUGACGAAAGUAGGCUGACUGUAAACAAGGCUGAGGACAAAGCUAGCCAAACAGAGGAGGCUAGCAGCCACUUCGAGGGAACGUUUAAAAAGCUCUCUGACCGCGAGAAGCUGAUCCUUGACCAAUGUGUCAUGAAAGCUAAUGCAAGGUCGUCGAAAGCUGUGCGGUACAAAAAGGAAUGGUUGUAUGACUGCUUGCUGCUGAAGAUCAAGUCAACGUGUGUGUACACAUUUCUUCAUGAGAAUGGUUAUCUACCCUUACCACACCCUCGCACACUGUACACUUACAUGAGACACUUGAAAGCAGAAUUUGGUUUCGAUGAGACUUUGUUUCGUAUAUUGAAACAAAAACUUCAAGGAAUGCCGGAGAGGGAACGUACACGUAUGGUUCGAAGCUAUGACAGCACGAUAAAAUUUGAUGCAUGUAAUUUGUAGACCAGUUUCCACCGUGAGAAUACCGUGUGAAACAAGUUUUAUAUUUUUUUUUCAUUUUCUUAUUCGCAGGAGUUUUGAUGUUUGAUGAAAUGAGUGUGAGAAAGAGUGUCCACAUACGUGAAUCAGACAUGGCCCUACUUGGCAAAGUCGACUUUGGCGAGCAUACAAGACCGUCAGAUCAAUUUAAAGACGGAGACCACGUGCUGGUUUUCUUGUUUCAGCCUUUCCUCGGUGGAUGGUCGCAAACAGUUGGAACUUUUUGUGCUUCGGGUGCUGCCCCAGGGCAAAUCGUAGCAAAGCUGCUACUGCAAUGCAUAGCGCAUCUUUUCAAUGCUGGUGCAUUAGUAGACGCUGUCACGUGUGACAAUUCUACAUCCAAUAGAUCGGCUUUGCACUCCUUGGGUAAAUAAUUUUGAGCACCUCAGUCACAUCAGUGUAUGUUAUCUAUGACUCAUGGUUUUCGACAAUACUCAUUGUAACAUUACAAUUUUAUUCAGGCAUCAGCGGGGACAUCAGCAGCCUCAGCACUUCAUUUCCACACCCCUGUGAUCCGUCACGAGUAGUGCACACGGUGAUUGACCCACCUCAUAUAUUCAAAUGCAUC